UGGUUGAACUCGAGGAAUUCGAAUGGUUCGAAACGGUACUUUAAACAUGAAAUCUGUCUAUGUUUUGUUCAGUCUCGUUCUAAUACACUAGUUUACUUAAGAUUUCAUUAUGGAAUCGUUUGUUCAAGGCUGGGAUUUCGUUGAGACUUUGGGAGAGGGAGCAUUUGGCGAAGUCAAGUUGGCCAUUAAUCGAGCUACGCAGGAAGCUAUUGCUGUUAAAAUAAUCAAUUUGGAGCAAGUGGCAUGCCCAGGAGAUAUUCGUAAAGAGAUAUGCAUUCACCGCAUGCUGCAAGAUGUGCACAUCAUUCGUUUCUAUGGCAGCAGGACAGAAGGCGACAAGCAAUAUCUGUUUCUUGAAUAUGCAUCAGGCGGGGAACUCUUCGACAAAAUAGAACCUGAUAUUGGCAUGUCCCAAAUGCAGGCCCAAAAGUACUUCAGGCAUCUGUUGGAUGGUGUGGAGUAUCUUCAUACAAAAGGCGUGACUCAUCGGGACCUGAAGCCUGAAAAUUUGAUACUGGAUGUUAACGAUAACCUGAAGAUAACGGAUUUUGGGCUAGCAACGGUGUUUAGGCAUCAAGGCAAAGAAAGGUCACUUUGUCGAUGUUGUGGUACACCUCCCUAUGUUGCCCCUGAGGUAUUUGGCAAAAAAGAGUAUGCUGCAGAACCAGCUGAUUUGUGGUCUGGUAUUAUUUUGGUGGCGAUGCUGGCGGGAGAAUUACCAUGGAACGAGCCAGCGAGCAAAUGCCCGGAAUACAAAGCUUGGAAAUCACAAACUUAUGAUUUCACGCCUUGGAAUAAAAUCGAUACUAUUGCUUUUGGUUUGUUAGUUAAAAUGCUUCGAGAAGACCCGAAAGAACGGUAUACGGUGAAACAAAUCAAGAAUCACAAGUGGUACUUAAGAAGUUUCAGCAAGAACAAAAGUUCUCCAUCAAGCUCUCCUUCUGAUUCCCUCUUUAAACGAAUUUGCACUGCUAAUGGCAGCGACAGUUCCAUCGAUCAAAAUGAUCAGAUAUCCGCAUCUCAGCCAGAAUUUCGGCGGUUUACUAAAAUUGAUCUUGACAGCACUGGAGAUGACGAUAGAGACGGAGAUGAUGGAGUUAGUUGGUUUUCACAACCAGUCCAUCCAGACCACAUGUUAUUAUCCAGCCAGUCGCCAAGCACCCAGUCACCACAGACACCUUUUCAGAGAUUAGUGAAGCGAAUGACGAGAUUUAACUCGAAAGUUGACCUUGAAACAACUCUUAAAAAACUUCGCUCAGUGUUUGAUGAAAGGAGAUAUCAAUUCAAAACUAAUGCGAAAGUUAUCAGUAUUUCGGCAGUUGAUCGAAGAAGAAAUCCCCUUUUAUUCAAAGCAUGCUUGUUCGAAAUGAAUGAUUCGCUUUUGGUUGACUUCCGACUCUCAAAGGGUGAUGGCAUUGAAUUUAAGCGGCAUUUCCUCGAGAUUAAAAAGUCUUUGGUUGAUAUCGUUAAAUAAUGACGACGGUCGAUUGGCGGGAUAACAAGAAAUCCUGAGAAUCCUACCCGAUGAAAAUUGAAAAGGUAUUUAAACACUUGAUAAAGUAUUAGUCCCAAGUAUGCUGCAAAAGAUAAAUAUUCUACAGGUAUGUUGCUACUAAAGCCCUGGUCAAACGAGAAUGAUAGUUGAUGAGAGUUGAUGAGAGUUGCAACUCUCGCUUGCGUUUGACCGCGAACUCUCAUACACUCUCGUGCACUCUCAUCAACUCUCAUCGACUUUGAACUGGUUCAAAUUUUGAUGAGAGUUGAUGAGAGUUUAAUAAUA